AAAUGCAUACAAGCAAAAUAGAAACUCCAGUAGUUCUACAGAUCUUAGAAACCCUAAUUUGAAGUUUCUGCAAAGAUGGCGACUGAAGAACCAGUUGUAGCAAUUGAGCCUGUGAAUGAACAGGUGGCGGUAGCUGAACCGGCGACGGAAGAAAAUCCACCGGCGGAGAUUGAUGAACCAAAGAAAGAGAAGGAGAUCAAGGCGAAAAAAUCAUCUGCUCCGAGGAAGAGAAAUCCUCCGACUCAUCCUUCCUACUUUGAGAUGAUUAAAGAGGCGAUUGUAACAUUGAAGGAUAAAACUGGAUCGAGUCAGUAUGCGAUCACAAAGUUCAUUGAAGAUAAGCAGAAAAAUCUUCCAUCAAAUUUCAGGAAAAUGUUGCUUGUUCAAUUGAAGAAGCUUGUGGCUUCUGGUAAACUUGUCAAGGUUAAGAGCUCCUACAAGCUUCCAGCUCCAAAGGCAGCUGCUACUGCGCCUGCUAAGAAGAAGCCAGUAGCUAAGCCAAAAGCAACACAGGCAAAGAAGGCAACCAAGGCAAAGCCGAAGCCAAAACCAAAGGUUGUUGCUCCAAAGGCUAAAACUGCUACCAAAUCAAAAGCUAAGCCAAAGCCUGUUGUUGCUGCUAAAGCUAAACCAGCUGCAAAGCCUAAGGCAGUUGUAGCAAAGCCGAAAGCAGCUGUAAAGACUAAAGCCCCUGUGAAAGCUAAGGCUGCUGUAAAGCCAAAAGCGGCUAAUGAGAAGCCAGCUAAGGUAGCAAGGACAUCUACAAGGUCGACUCCGUCGAGGAAAGCUGCACCGAAGCCAGCUGCCAAAAAGGCGCCGGUGAAGAAAACUCCGGUGAAGAGUGUGAAAUCUAAGACCGUGAAAUCGCCGGCGAAGAAAGCAUCUGCCAGAAAGGCGAAGAAGUGAUCGAGUGUAGGAGGAGGGGUAGCAUUGUAAAUUUUCUUCAUCUUUGUGGGUGGUUUGUAUGGGCGGCCCAAUAUAGAAAAUAGUAUUUUAAAUUCCAGUUGUAAUUUUCCUUUUUUUGUUUUAUAAUAAUCCAUUUUAGUUGA